AUGCCGUCAGACGAAAGCGCUUCUGAGAGGGAGGAUGAAGAGAAUCAAGGGGACUCUGGACAGUAUGAUGACGACGAUGACGAUAAUGAUCAAGGCAAUGACAGCGACGAGCGGGAGCAGAAACCAAUUCGUAAAAGGUCAAAAGGCAAGGGCAGAACUGGUGCCAGGAGGUACAUUGAUGAUGCAGCUGAGGAGGAAGAUGAUGAUGGUGGAGUCAAAGCAUACGAUGAUGAGGAUGAUGAGGACGACGAUGAACUAGAUGACAACGACGGGAAGUCCAAAGGAGCGUUUAUCGUCGAUGACGACGAAGAGGAGGAACGCCCGCGAGAGAGGAUCCGCAUCUCUGAGUCUGAGAAAAAGGCAACGAGGGAUGACCUCGAACUUGUGAGGGAGAAUCUCAACCUUGAUGCGGAGAUCGAUCAUGCGGAUGUUGCCGAUGACAGCGAUCAAGAUGAUGAGGGUGGAGAUGACGAGCCGGCGAGAAAGCGCAUCAAGCGUGCCCAGACCUCUUGGAAGGACCAGCGGGAGUAUGAUGAGAGGCCAGGCAGAUCUCACAGCUACGAUGAUGACGAAUCUGAUGACUCGAUGGGUGAUUUCAUCGAAGACGAUGAACCUGAGGAGCUAGGGGCAGGUGUUGGCAAGAGGAGAAGAAAGGGGCCCCGAUCGUCCGUCAACGACAACGAGCUAGAGAAGAUCGAUAGAGCCGUUGACCUGUUCGGGGAUGAUGAGUACGACGACGAGUACGACGAAGAAUCGAAGGCGGCAGAUGAGAAAGAGGAAGGCCCGAGUUUUGAAAAGCUCUACGAGCCACACUUGAUCAAGGAGUACUUCCUCAGCAAAGAAGAUGAUGAAAUCCGGAAAACAGAUGCUCCAGAGCGCCUACAAAUCGAUUUGAAGAAGAGAGGGCCAACCCCGACAUUGGAGGAGGUGAAGGACGAGGCUGAAUGGAUUGUCAAGCAGCAUGCCAAGGAUAUUAAAUUCAUCGACUGGAAGUAUCUGGAGGAGUUUGGAGAUGACAUGGUGGAGGUGCCUAUUCCCAUCGAAGAGCAAGACGACGAGCAGCAGCAGCAGGUUAUGAAGGUCACACGUUCUGAACGCGCGAGGGACCUCAGGGCGAGGUUGGUGUCGAAAAUAACAAACGUGAUCUGUUUCUUCCGUGGAGUUGAGAAGGAGGACAUCCAUCAUACGGCCUCACACUUCUUCGAGGGAAUCCCCAAAUGGUGGGAAACGUCCACCGAGGAUGUUGAACAACCUGCCAUGCCUGAGUCGAUCAUUUUCGAUAUUCCUUUCAUCGCCCAUUACCGCAAGGAGUACUGGAAGCCUGAGUUGCGGGCAGAGGACCUCUGGACCAUCUACGAUCUAGAUGCGCGUUACUGCUUCCUGAAGCAGAGGAAGGAACAACUAAAGUUGAACCUUGAGGCGGCAAACGACACGGCAUCGCUCAACGUCCUGCAGAAAGCAUUUUCGAUGGAGGAACUCAGCGACGUCAAGGCGUUCAUGGAGCUGAGGAACUCUGAAGCUGAAGAGGAGCAAGUAGAGCAAAAAGGUUUCAAGCGCCCAGUCAAGUACUCGAGGUACAGAGUUUGCAAGAAGGCUGGAAUCACUAAGAUCCUUGAGCGCUUUGUGCUGAACCCGGUGAAACUUGCGGAGAACCUUGCUGGGUAUAAGGUCCACACCCCGCCAGACCCUGCUGAGGGCCCAGUGGAAUUCCUGAUUGACUACGUGGAGGAUGCGAGGGAGUAUGGCUUACAGGACGUGAAUGCGUUGCUGUCAGCCAUCCGGUUCAGUGCCGCAAAGGAGAUUGCCGCUGACCCGGUGAUCCGCCGCUACGUGCGGGAAGAGUUCUUCCUGCGGUCCGCAACGGUCACUUGCUCCGAGACGAAGCAGGGAGAGGAUUCUGGGGAGACCAUUCACCACGAGUUCCGCAACUACAGACAGGUUCCCGACCGAGACAUCGGCGACGAAGACUUCCUGACGAUCAUGAAGUGCCGGAGCGAGAAGUAUCUCAACGUUGAGAUAAGGAUGGACCCAAGAAGCCACGAUCGCCUGCUCGAUGAACUGAUCCGCUGCUACAAGAGCGACGAGCAGAACUCUUGCUCGGAAGAAUGGAACGACUUGAGGGUAGGCAUCCUGAAGGAGGCAUUGGAGACCAACCUGUACCCGACCAUGGAGAGGAUGCUGGUGGAAGUUCGUCAGAGGAAGGCCAAGGACCGAGUGGGAAAGCAGAUGCAGAUGGAGUUGGAGAACCAACUUCGGGUUCCCCCCUACGUCUACCGCUCCGUGGAUGGGACCCCCGAGACGCCCAAGAACAUCAUGGCGCUGUGCUAUGCUGAGCCGUCGGAGAUCGUGGUGAUCAAUCAGCAGGGGGAGGUUGUGAGCUACAAGUCGAUCAACCUGAGUGUCCCCUUCAGCGGAAACCACAUCAACGCAGCGUUCAAGGACAACGAGGCCCACCAGCUCAUGUCUUUCCUCGACGAGCAACGACCUGAUGUGAUUGUGAUCGGCUCUGGAGGAGGGCUCAAGUGCAGGACCCUCAAGGCCCAGUUCGAGCGGCUCGUCUCAGCGUGCGAGUCGGAGGGGAUCCUUCAUCGCACCAUCGACGUUCUCCUUAGCGAGCAGUCGGUGGCGUAUAAGUACUCGCACUCGCCCAGGAGCAUGCAGGAGUUUCCUCGCUACCCGCCCACACGCCUCAUGGCCGUGUCGCUUGCUCGAAAGCUCCAGGAUCCUCUUCGUGAGCUGUCGGGGUUGUGCAUCGGCUUGUCUGAGGACAUCCUGUCGCUCAACCUGCACCAGCUGCAGGGGAUGCUGGACAAGCAUGAGAGGGUCAAGUUCACGCAAAGAGCCUUCAUCAAUGUUGUCAACGACGUUGGGGUCGAUAUCAACCUUGCUGCUGACAAGCAGAUCAUCUUCGGCAACACGUUGCAGUUCGUCGCUGGGCUGGGCCCCAGGAAGGCGCAGGAGCUGCUGAGAAUCAUCAGCCAGUACGGUUGUGUGCAGUAUCGCAAUGCGCUGCUGGAGGACAGGAACGUCCGCACAGUUUUCAAGGAAGUCACUUUCUACAACGCCUCCGCGUUCAUGAAGAUAACCAAGAACACUUCCAUGUGGAUGGACGACCUUGAGGUGGGGCAGUACAAGGACCACGAGGAGAACCAGGCGAAGUGGAAUGAGCAGGGAGGAGGACCGCUCGAGACUACUAGGAUACACCCUGAGUCGUACAGGUUCGCCAGGAAGAUGAUUUCAGACGCGCUGGAGGAGGAGGACGACUGGAACCUUCUGGUCCGCGCGCUCCAUCCGGACAAAGAGCUGCAUCGGCAAAUCUCGGAGGCGCUGUGGGAGCAGGACCUCGAGAGCUACGGAAAGAUCAUCUACCAGUCGACAGGAGAGAGGAAGACGGAGACUCUUCAGGACAUUCGAACUGAGAUCUUGAAUCCCUUUCAUGACAGCCGGAAACUAGAGCAACUCGACGAUGGGCUGUUGCCAUGGGAGCUGGACAAGCGAAGCGAGUUCAACCUGCUGACGGGGGAGAGCGACAGGGUGAAGCCGGACGGGUCUAAAGUCUCGACGCUCAAAGACAAAGUCGUUCACGUUCGCGUCGCCAAGCUCGUCCGCCCGCACUCGCGCAGUGAAGACCCCGACGCCCCUCCCCUCCCUCCCUACAAGAUCAUCUGUAAGCUCGAAAACGGGCUCAUCGGCGUGUUGGACGAAAUGAAUUUCGGGGAUACGGAUGCUGACAAGCGAACACUCCAGAGCAAGGUGAAGGAGAAUGACAUUCUUAGCUGUAUGAUUGUGGACGUGAAGUAUGAAGAGUUCUCGGUAGACUUGACGGCCAGGGAGUCGCUGAUACGAAAAGUCGAGAAAGUCAUGAAGAAGGAGGUCAAGGGCAAGAAGGCCGGUCAGAUCCGUACGAGGCUGAUUGAUCACCCGAGCUUCUCCAACGUGCCGAGGAUGAAGGCCCGUCGACUCCUUGAGGAGAGAGAAGCUGGAGAGUUUAUCAUCCGACCUUCGAGUCAAGGGUUGGACACGUUGUCUGUCACUCGGAAAGUUUGCGAUGCUCCGAUCGGCGACGAUGGCGCUAUCAUGCCCGUAUACCAGGAGGUGCAGAUAAAGAUGUUCGAGCAGCCGAGUCCGUAUGAGUUGGGCAAGCGACUGCAGAUUGAGAACAGAAGUUUCGAGAACCUUGACGAGCUGAUCAUCGGCUACAUCGAAGUUCUCGGCUCCCAUGAAGCCAAGAUGAUCGAGCACGCGAAGUUCUGUAACGGUGAAGCAGCCGUUGUUGCAGCUCCCCAACCCUCACUGGUCUACAGCCUCCGCCCCUGA